CAUAUACGGCAUGAUAUACUUUCCAACCCCGAUUUCUCUUCUCUGUUUAUUUAUGCCAUGCCCCGCUCCGACUUUGACAGAAUCCCUGUUCUCAGUAUUGACCAGGAUUAUUAGCGAGUUAAUUGGAUAUGCGCCUACUCAUCUUGAACUGGAGCUUGCUCGUACCCGACCAGUUCAAGAGUAUGCUGCUAUUCCGAUAAUGAACCGGACAUGGAGCCAGAUCAUUGAAUCGAAGAAAAGCGCGUUCGCAGCAAAAGAAAUGGUCGUGUGGGGGAAGCUCUGGGUGAAUAGAGGCCAUGUAUAUCUCCAAUAUCGUCCAGAAGAUGUUAUUGCCGAUAGCCACCAAAGGUUGCUAAAGUCCUUCUGGCUAAAAAUCGGAUUUUCUAGCGAGCAUUACAGGAAACACGUCAAUGAACUGGGGGUAAUGCUUCAAGGCAACAUGUUCCCGGCUGUCCGAUACCUCUCGCUCACAUUGUGUUCUGAGCAUUCAUACUGGUCUUCUAGGGACGUUGUGAAGCAAUACGCAUCAGCGUAG